AUGGCGACCGCCACGCAGUAUAAAGAUCGACAAUUCCUCGCAGACUCAGUCACCGGCCUCCUCCUCGCAGGCGUGGGACACGUUACAGCCCCGCCAGACGCGCAGAAGAACUUCUUAGUCGUAGACGACAAGACGGACACGUCGACGAUCGAGCAGACAUUCGUACGCUUCACAGAAGAGAGGAAAGAUAUUGCGAUCUUACUGAUCAACCAACACAUCGCAGAUAGAAUAAGACAUCGGGUCGAUAUGUAUACGGCUGCGUUCCCGUCACUACUGGAGAUUCCCGCGAAGGACCAUCCUUAUGAUCCGGAGAAGGACAGUGUAUUGAAAAGAGUGAGGAGGCUGUUUGGGGAGUAGGUAGACUGAAGGACAAUGGCCUGUAGCUUGUCGGAUACGCUUUAUGUUACGACUAGAAGAUUGGGGAAUGAUACCUGCACUAAAUCAACAUCACGUCUUCACGUUGGCAGUUUUUGUUACGCGCUUGGUCUCUGCGACCUGUAAUUGUACGCCUUUUAUGACUAUAUACCCCUGUAACGACAUAGAGCAUCGAAGUAUAAGGCGUAUCACUAUGACCAACGCCGGGAAUGUAACUU